GUCUUUCCAUAUUUGGAGUGAAUAAUUCAGUAUCGCUUACAUGAGGUGCAAGGCACUUUCUAAGUUCGCUUUUUAAUAAGUUUCCUUUCCUUCCCAAAGGCGAAUUUAAGGCAGAUAUUUUAAUUCUUUCCGAUUCCUAUCGUAUACCAUCAAUAGUUUUCGAGACCGACGAUUUUAACACUAUGAAGAUCACAUAAAGCGGUAGGUCGCUAACUUCAUGAUCAAGAAAUCAAUUUAUAUUAACUCCAUGAUUCAAAACAGUGGACUUAGUUGCUUCACACGAAACUUGUUCUUUUAUCUUAAUGUCAUCGUAAUUCAGUCGUAUGCUAUAAAAGUAGCAAAUCUCAAUCAUUAUUGCUGUGGGAGAUCAUUUUCAUGCGAUCGUGAUGUUCGUGUGGAUCGAUCUUUGACAGAACUUGAUUACCUAGAAGGAAAAUUUUCUAAGGAAGUGCAGUCAAAGAGCUUAUUAGGUUUUCAAGGGCAAGUACUUAUUAUUAUAUUUUGAACUAAUACGUUUUACUCCUUUUUAAGUAUUCCUAUUUACUCCCGGUUUUGCAGACUUACCGGUGGGGCCUUCGAAUUUUCAAGAGCACUGAAACCUCAUCCUCAGUUGAUGCGGCUCCCAUGGAGCUACUUUCUGUAUUAAAGAUCAGACAGCAAUAACAAUGCCAGGUUACCCAGUACCAGAGGUAGACAAAGAGAUAUUUCAAGAACUCCUCUGUGAGUACUGUGUCACAGUGGUAAGAGAUGCCUGGAGAGCAGAAUGUGGGCACUUCUACUGCAGGUCAUGUGUGGAGUUUCUUUUCAGGUAGGCAUCACUAGUCAAUGUAAACCCCUGCACCCCUGGGAUUAGGACAUGUGGGGAAUUUGCAGGGAAUUUUGUGUCAUUUGAGGAGCUAAAGGGAUGUGAUUUUCCAAAACUUUGAUGGCUUUUGCAUGCCAUCUAGGACUGGUGGAGAAAUGGAGGUGAACUAAGACUGGAAUUGAAAAGAUGGUUCCUUAUUUCUGUAAAUGUUAACUCAAGACCUAAACACUACAAACAAUUUACCACUUGAUAUGUAUUGUUUGAGGUUAUUUGUGUUCCUUAGCAAAGAUGAUUGUAGUUAUGCGUGGUAUGGGUGUUAUCAAUUUCAACCCUCUAAAUCUACAGCUAAAGGACUAAAAUUAGAGGAAUUUACACUAACAUCUCUCUUGUCAUGCAGCUUAGUAAAAGUUACAUAACCCUUUUUAAGAACUUGUUUCUCCUUAGGACGCAACUUAUUGUUACUCAUGGAGGCAUUAGUCCUUCAAUAAGAUCUUAUGGUGGCACAAGCCUUAGUGUUAUUACUUUCUAAAUGUUCUAAUUACUUAGCUGAAAAAUAAUUGUCCAAAAAAAAAUGUGUGUUGAUUUUAUUUUGUAAGGCCUAAUCAUACUAGUCACCAGGUCAUACCCUAAGCUGUAAAUUAUUGGCUGCUGAUUAGGUUCUUCACUAAAAAAUUCAGUACAUAACCUUAAUACUAUGACUGGUGGCCAUCCAAACCUCUAUCCUAUACUUAGUGGGCUUAACCAGAAUGUACAGCCUAAAAGAUAACCUCCCCCGAAAACAAGUCAUACCCUCAGCUACAGAAAUAUACUUAGUAGGCAGAAAGUUUCCCCCACAUUUAGUGUGGACAUGAUAUAAAACUGGUCAAACUUUGAAAAGGUGAUUGUAAUCUCUGUAAGCUCCAUAGCUGAAUCAUUAAUAAAAAUGUAUAAAGCAAGUUAAUUAUUCAAACCUAUUCUUAGUCAUUACCUUCUUGAUCCCUAGAUUUCCUAAACAUUCAUCACCUGACCUGUAAAGAGCAUAAGCUGGAAGCUUAACAAUACCCAUACUUAUAAUAAUUUCUAUGAGUGCCUUCAUUUCAACCUGUGUUAUGGCACAAAAACUUUCAAAUUGAUCACCUAACUUCUGGUGCGCAUAAUGAUUACUUUCCUCAACCAUUUUUUAUCCCACAUUAAAAUCAUCCCUAAUGAAAGUUAAAAAUAUGUCUAGUUCAUUGGGAUUAUUUAAGACUUAAUUAAUACCUGUAGAGGCUACAAAUUGGUGAACUUAGAUAUUGUCAAGCUAGUUAGUCCAGUGAGCUUCUUCUUCAGCAUUGAUAUCUUUGUCUCCAGCCUCUAAAUCAUGUGGAUCUAACUCAAACUCAUUACCUAGAUUUAAACCUUUCCUAUCAAGCUCAUUAAACCCAUCACAGCUUCCUUAAUCCCCUGGGUCUCCAAAGAGUGCUUCAACCCCUGGAAAUCUUGUCAGCCAUCAUAAACUGUGUGCUUCAAUAUGAAAAUUUCAGAAAUCUUUAGUGGCACCACUAACUAGUCAUCAAAAUCUGUGGAAAGAAGGCUAAAUGAUUGGUUUAUCAUCCUUAGAAGUCACUAUGAUAGCAACAAAACACAAAGAUCUACUAGGGGAGAGUGGGGUGAGAUUGUAAUAGGAUCACCUUUUUUAUAGGUGGUUACAGGCGGUUCAGAGAAAGUUGGGGUUGUUAUGCACAGGUGGUUAUGGGUGGUUCAGGGGAAGUUGGGGUUGUUAUGCGCAGGUGGUUAUGGGUGGUUCAGGGGAAGUUGGGGUUGUUAUGAGCAGAUUAGGUGUCAAUGGGUUAAUGUGUGGAAGUUCCAUGCAAUAAAGUUAAAGUGUUUACAUUAGCCUUUGUCUACCACCUUUUUUCAAAGGAAAAAGCUGGCCUUGGGGUGCAGGGCUUUCUACAAGAUUAGCACUGAGCAACAGUCUAAUACCCCUUUAUGUCCUGGCCACAGGGGUGCAAGGUUUAACUCAAACUGGUGCAUAAUACUACUUACACAUAUAUUUGGUCUAAGUAUGUCAUCUCAUACUGGAUUAGUACUGAUUGAGAAUUAGAGUUGCACUUACAAACAGUUUGUUGGAUUGUGUGACAGAGAGUCAAUGCAAUGCCUCAUGUUUUUCUUGCUGAAGAACUGAUUCAUCUUUGAGAAGUUUCAAUGUUUGUGACCAAAACACUGAACAGUCCAUUUUCAGGCCUCAUAAGCUUUUUCAAAAUGUAUAAUGUAAAUUGGAGCAUUAUUGUUUAGGAAGUCUCUCUAUCUUGUGUAUGUUGUAUUUCUCCCUGGUUGUCUGAGUUAAAAGCUCUGUGAAAUGGCAUGAACUUCUAAAACUGAUUACCAGCAAGUGUUUUUAUUCUCUCUUAAUUACACAGUUUAUUCAUGGUGACCAUUUUAUGGUUUUUAGUCAUCAUAGUCAACUAUGAGAAAGAGUCUUUAGAGCCUUGCAACAGUGGUUUAUGAUGACGAUGAUGGUUACUUCUCCUUAAACUUAUUUUUGUGAUUUUUUGUUCAAGGAACUUAAGGAAAUGUAACAUCUUUUGCCGAGAUGGUUUGCUAAAUUUAUAACAAGUCCUUGAAUUCUGUUGCCUCUUAAAACCUUACUGGCUAAUUAUCUGAUACAACAAGUAGAACACAAUCAUCAUUUUAUUUUGGGAUUUUGAGAUCCACUUGCAGAAUAGGCAAGAAUUGAUACCCACAAUAUUUCCUCGCAGCACAGUAUUUUAUUCUUAAUGCUAAUUAGCUAUUUUUUUGACAACAACUAGGGGAAAUCAAGGAGCAGUAGCUUACUGCAGAAAGUGCAGAACACCUCUCUUCCUUUAUCAGGUAAUCUUCAUGUUUGGCACUGGUGGUAUACAAGUAUUAGCGUUGAGCCCAGUUAUAAGAUUAUACAUUGUAGAAUUGCCUUGAUAAUUGUUAUUUAUGAGGUAAAUUUACCACUAGCUUCUUAAAAUUCCUAACCAAGCUUGAUGGCUAUACUGGGGAAUAUUGGCUCAAGGUUGUUUUUGUAUGGACUAAGUGCAGCAAGGUCUAUACACAAUCAAGCAAGGGCCAAUCCUUUUUAGUAUUGCUUGAGCAAGCAAAGUUAGUGAGUGGUUUAUUAAAGGGCAACCAGAUCAAACUUGUUUAAUGUGAAUUUGCCAGCUUUAACGAAAAAAUACACAGCUUAUGACUGUGUCUGAGAAAAUGGUCAAUAUGGCAAUAUCUUAGCCAAAUGAGAGCUAAUCAAAAUGCUCAAAUUUACCUUGGGACUAACUUCCAAGACAUUAUUGAGAAAGACCACAGGGUGAAAAUUUUAAUAAAUGUUGUUAGUGAUGUACUGCACUGCUCAAGCAUUCAAAUGAUGGUAUUAGUUACAGGAGAAUUGGCAGUAUUAUUCAGGCAGUAAUCAUGCUAUUUGGUUUGCUCUAUAAGCCCUUACUUACCUCAUUGCUCCUUUCUUUUUUCUAAAUUGCAUGUACAAGAUGUUGUAUGUUGAAAAAAUCAAACAAACAUUCAAAAUGUUUGCAGUACUGCCUGAAACCACUUGUGUGAGUGGCAUAGGCUUAACAUGGUAAUACUGAGGUGGUGAAUGAACAAACCAUGGCUCAAUAAAGUUCCUCUGUGUUCUUGCACAGACCAUAUGAAUAAUCUGUGAUGCUUCCUGAUUCCACUCCCUUUUUGUUAAGUUCUUACCAGAUGACAUAAUCAGCAGUAAAGUUGAGAGUACCAUAAUUCAUUGUUUAUUCUUGGAGGCAGGAUGUAAAUGGGAAGGAGAGUUGAAAGAAUCUGAGGUAAGAAAGAAAAAAAUCUUACUUUAGGUUACCCCUACACUGUAUAAAGAAUGUUCACAUCAUACAGUAUGACAUAAUUUGUUUUGUCACACACAUACAGAGAAUCAAUAUGAGUAUGCAAAUUGCCUGAUUUUUUUUCCUUUUUUGCUACAGGCAUUAGUUCAGUGUUUUUUCAGUCAACCCUAGAUCUUUGUAGCGUGUGGAUUUAUGGCAUAUAAAUGUAUAUGUAUGAAAAUAUAUGUAUAUGUAUAUCAUUAUAUAAAUUUCAAUUCAACCAGGAAACAGUGGAUUGGAUAUCCAGGGUAUGUGUGUUGUAUGAAAAUGAGCAUUGAUCAGCCUGAAUAAAAGUAGCUUCCCUUUCCUUAUAGCAUCCAAAAUUAUUCUUUGCCUCACCCAAAGGCAAUUUUUUCGUUUGUGCAGUGAUAUGUAUUUAAAAACAAUGGUUAUUGGGUUGAAAGGGACAAGACAAUAUUCCUCCAAAACUGUUUAAUUUUUGUAACAUAUCCUUUAAAACAGCUUAUAGUUGUUAACUUUCACUUGAAAGGUUAAAACUUUGAAAAAGUUAUUAAAAAAGAGUCACAGAAAGUUGUGAUAUUUUACAUUUUGCCAAAAUUAGUGGUGAAAGUGAGAUCACGGAGGGAAGUUUUUGUCAUGGUUCUUCACUCCCAUAACUGUUGGUUUUAAUUUUUAUGUUAAUCAAGCGAAGAACAUGUACUUCCCAAGCUUGAAACUCAGCAGUUUCUGGCAGAGGGAGAUCAUCUCAGCUGUUUUUUAAUAAGUUAUUCAAUACUGUUAAGAUUAAUUAAUAUAAUAUUAUGAUAUUUCUAAAAUAUUCUAAAACAGUUUAGCUGACCAAAAUUGCCUUACCCUGUGUACUAACGUGUGUGUUAACUUUGCUAUUAGUUAUCGUAAUACCUUAAUAAUUUAACUGUAUUCUAUGUGUUACUGUAUCAUAAUAUAAACCUUUGUCAAUUACAAGUCUUCCCCCCCCUCCCCCCACUUGAAUUUGUUAACCACCGUCUCCCACUCUGAAAAAAAUAUGGAACGCAGUCCCAGGAAGCUUCUUCUAACUCAGUCAUAAAAUUCCAACUUUUAUUUUAUUGCUGUUUUGCAUCACACCUUUUAGUGUCAUGUAGGAAGCUGCAGUUUGGCCAGCAUUCAAAGAGGAGAGCAAAAGGAGUGUGAGGGCGAUAUCACGCUUUCUACUGGAACAGAUGACGAAAGAGAAUUCUUACUUUCUGAUAAUGUUGUUGAGGUUGGUCAGUUUGGCAUCUUUCUUCUUAUUGAUUUUGUUCCUCCAAAUGCGAUAGAAAAUAGUGUUUGCGAUCAAAAGAACAAUGGCAGGCAAUUGUAAUAUUCCUUAACGUUAUUUUUUCGCAGAAUCAAAUUGGAACUGAAACGGAUGAAGAUCCAAUUGACGAGGUAUAUUUCAAAUUUGAACCUAGAGAACACUUUUCCCAAUGAAAUGGAGCAGGUCGUUUUGUUAAAUAAUAUCCCGAAAAUUGUUCGAAUAAACAUCCACAACACAUGGAUUUACGUAAUGAAAUUUAUGUUGAAACAGGAUUCGCACACCCAACGUCCCAUGCCUGCCCACCGCCAAGAAGCACAGGAUGGCGAAAACCCACAGGUCAGCAAGUUUUCGAUAACCUUCAUUCGUGUGGGCACGUAAGAGGAAAUAUAGAGGGUUAAGGCAGAAGUUUACUCUUCGGAAAAUUAAAAAAACUAUAUUACUUCUCAGAAAAAGGAAUGUGAAUUUAUCCAUCGGAACUGCUGAUCCGAGCAGUAUACGGAAUGCGUGUCAGAUAUGAAUCCAGUAAUUAUCUAACUCGUUACACGGGCUCAUUGUUUUCUGUGGCUCAGUGGUAGAGCAUCGAAGCGCAGAACCCCAAGGUCUGGUUUCGAUUCUUAAUGGGGACUCGCAUUAUUCCUCUUUGACGUGCUCGUGACAAGACGAUGAAAGUCUUCCCUUUUAACUCGGAUUUUAUUGAAAGUUUUUUCAAGCUUUCCUAUGUAUUGUUGAAAUGUUUUCAAAGUGAUUGAAUUCACGUAACCACAAAAAGAUCUUAUUAACACCGACAUGAAUUUUUUAAACUGAGGCAAACCCUCAACAACCGCCACAAUGCUUAUUUACUCAUAACCUUGAAUCUAGAAAUUGAUAGUAAUGGUUUGGAUAAAACUUUCAGAGAAAGUCUUCAUUUUGUAUUUUUUUUAAUUCUAUAUUUUCUUGGAAAUUAUAAACGUUUAAUCGUCGGGCUAUAACAAUUUGUAGUUUGUUACUUUGUACUAUGACAGAACAGUUCUCCAACCCAAGAAACAGCUACCUGUCCUGAGUUUGGGAUAAAUGCUGAUUCUUCCGAGCUCGUUGUUAGAGAUGGUGCUCGUAGAUCAGAGACAAGACGAUCCUGCCAUGAAGAAGGCAGCGCCAUUGUUAGAAAGGUGACUAAGCUUUGGCCAAUUUUCGUGCGUUGUCGCACAAAGAUGUUUUUAGACAUUUGGUUUAUUAAUUUUUUUUUACUUAAGCAUUUCAUAAAUGCGAUAUGUGAUAUAGGUAAUAGCAUGGCCUGUGUUAGUAUUUGACAUCAAUACCGGCUAAUGAUCUUUCAUAAUUGUCCAUGUUACCUGUCGCCAUGGUGUUUUUGCCAAAUAACGCGUACAGGUAAUACACGAGGGAACAAACACGGGCGUUUACAUUCGUAAUAUCUUCAUACCUUCAGGUAAUGAAAAAGAGAAUGAAAGUUUUUUUCCUCAAACUAGUAUACUGAACACAGAGAAAACAAUGAGGGAAAGCUCUCUGAAAGACAUUUCAAAAUUUCAAAAUUUCAAAAUUAUCCCCAGUGAGAAACCACAAAUUAAGUGAGUGUCAAAAAAUACAAGAAUGAUGGCUUCUUUCAGUAUUUUAAUGUGGUUUUGCCUCUAAGCAUCAACGCUAGUUCCGUAACUAAUUGUCAUAUGACAACCAUAAAAGUGGUCGACUGUCAUUGUCUGACAGGGAAGGUGAAAUGUAAAGGUAACACUUGAACCUGAUCCAAGUGGCCCACAAGGCACUGGAACCUAUUUCGGACUGUGUAGCAUGAAGCGACUAAGAGUACAGCUACUUCCCCUGGAUGGGCUGCUCGUCCAUCGGAGAUUACCCUCUGCAUUUCGACCGGAAACUUUGAAAAUUCGUCGGUAUCGAUUCAUUCCUUCUGUUGGAGAGAGGUACCGUGAGUAAGAGUGUCUCGUCCAAGAAUGACUCGCGGCCAGGUUUCUAUCCCAGACCUCUUGUCCGGAGUCCAAUGUACUGACCGUUAGCUCACUGUGUGACAAUCUUAAGGUUUUUUUUCUGAAGGACGAAAGAAAUGUACUGAAAGUUUGAAAUCUUAAUUUUCCGUAGCUGCCCUUCAUCUUAGACGGUAAGUGCUCACAUAGCAUUACGUCUUUUUCCCUAGCCUUUCUCCAGAAGAGUUCUGACCUUCACUCCAGGAACUGGAGUUGACGAAUUCUCACACCUUCAGAAUGAAAAUUUUGGUAUCAUUUUAUUCAAGUUGUCUGUUGGUGGUCGCAAGCAUUAGCUUUGCGAAUUUCGGCAUGGAGCGCGAGACACUUUUCCCAACUUAUUGGCUUUGUAUUGUCGAUUGUAGUCACGUCUUCUAAACAUCUGGUAGUUGAUUAUCUUUUGAUUACUGAAUUUCGGCGAGAUUUUGAAAUUCGGCCGAGAAGUGCACGAUCCCGGCCACCGUAUUCUGUAAUGAAUGAUUUUCGAGUGAAAUAUGGGUUUAUUGCAACUUUUUUUGCUUUGUUACUUAUCCAAUCUAUUUGAAAGUCAUUUAAGUGUUAUUUUCCAAUUUGCGACAGACUCAUUUUGGUAAAGGGAUGUAUAAUUUUUCUCAUUACAGAACCAUUCUCCAACCAGGGAAAGAGUUGACUGUCAUAAGGGAGGGAUGAAUGUGUGUCGAGCUGACCGUCACGGGCACUUUGAAGAAAAUCGUGCCCGUAGACUUAAGACAAAACGAUCUUGCAAUGAACAAGGGAGUACCAAUGUUACGGAAGUGAUGAAAAAGCUUCUAGUUGUUAGUUCACUGCGACUCUAAUUGCAUUUCUUUUAGCUUCCAAGCGUAACCACUUAGUAAUCAACUGAAACAAAGUCAUGAGUGAGACAAAAAGUUAGAAUUAGAAAUUUCGGGUUUUAACUGGUAAGAUUAUAAUUUCAGUCAGAGUGUUGUAUUUAUCAAUCGAGGAAAGUUGUGUACUUUAAAAAUUCCAGUAAGUAUAGGUUUGUUAAUACUUUCCUGUGCUGUGCUUCACAUCUCUUCUUUCCAAGUGGCCUCUAUUCCCAGAUGAUGAUGAUGAAAGAACCAUUGAGAUAACUAGGUUUUUUGGUUUUAUUUCUUUUGCAGAAAGGGCAUAUCAACGCCGAUCUUCCUCGUCAGGUCAAUUUCUUGUUGUCUGGUAAUAUAGCGGGACAAAACAGGAACUCAGCCGAAAAUUACUUGGAGUUUAAAGAGGAGUUGAACCCCUCCCUAAACGAUACCAUGGCGAGAAACACCGCAUCCUCGCGAAACUCGGUUCCAAAUGCUUCUGAUCAACAUGAGCAAAGAUUGAUCAACCUUGAAAAUCAAGUUGCUCACCUGACUCGCUGUUUUUCGGAACAAAAUGAAGUUACAAACUACAUCGCUAAUGUUAAUUCUCACCUGGUGUCAGAGAAUGAUCAGUUAAAAGAUGCGGUCGGCGACGUCAACAACAGAUUACGCCAUAUUCAAGUCUCUCUUAAUGCUCACCAAAUGAAGCACGAUGAUCAUCUAGCGAAUUUUAACACCCUGCAAAAUGAGCAGAGUAACCAAAGCGUGGAACUUGCGAGGCUCAUCAGGGAUACGGCGGCUGUCCAGGAAAGGAUCACACGACUUGAGGGUCGUGUGAACGCACAAGGAACGAUGUUGAGGAAUGUAUCAGAUUCUGUUAGAGGCCUAGCUACUUUAACCAGAAGGGUGGACAUUGAAAAUUUAUGAAAUAGAAGUGAACUUAAGAAGUGUAUCUCAGGGAUCAUUCGAUUUGUAUCUCCACUGUUUAAAAGUGUACAUAAAAAUUUAUUACUUGGCAUGUUUUGAGGUUCUAAAGAGUAACAUCUCUCUCGAAAAUUUAUUCAAACGUGCUAUGCCAUGACAACUCAGCAAUCCGUCUACCUAAAACUUCGACGCACGGUUCACGAACUGCUGAUUCUCUGGCUUUCACAUGCAUUCCUAAUUUGAUUCAGGAAUGCCGUCUUUUUAGCCUCGAAUAUUUCAGAGAGAUUGCCAAUAAUGGGAAAAGAAAAGUAAACUUUUCACAUUACAGUUUAUCGGCCAUAUUACUCGAUAAAAAUAAAAAAGCAGCGUCUGAAGUCGAACAUUUUAGCCCAUUUAAAGACAAUUUUCGCGAGGAUCGGUUACUUUUUUAAAUCUAAAAACAUGGUCAUUGUCAUCGUUUCAUGUUUACACUUUAAUGGAGGAGAUGAAAAUCACAUGGUUUCCGCAAAUGUAAUUUCUGAUGUUUGAGUGACAUGGGAAUGAAUUAGUCAGAAAUUAAUGUUCUGAUGGCAAGUUGAAGAGGUUCGCGUGGCAUCAUGAAAGUUUCGGAUUAUUUAAGCGUUUCGCGGGAAAAUUCAUUCUAGGUCGAUCAGUCUUAUGUUUGACCACUUUCUUUCUUUCUUUUUUUUCGUAUUGACCUAAUUUUCGUUUUCAAAUCUCUGUAAAAUAUCAUUAUAUUCAUUGAUUUUUCUUUGUGAUUAGCAGUGUAAUCAGAUUAGUUUGCCCUUUCCUCGGGGUAUUGUGCUGCUGCAUUAGAUGAGGAAUACGUUUCCACAUAUUUUUUGGCCACUUCCAAAGAGUGGUUUUUUUAGUGGUUUUUCGUAUCUGGCGUAGCACAGGUUCUUUUUUAGAACCCUUAGUUUUCAAUAUACACAUGUUAAGAUCAUAUAAGGAUGCGUAUACUGCAAGACUGGCUGACUCAUCCUUCAUAAAGUUUUCACAUUGAAUAACUCGGCUGAAUGUAGAAUCAUUUAUCUCUAGUACUAAAUAUGAACUUGUGUAUAUUGGAGGUCAUUUCUUUUAGUCCAAGACACAGUAGGUCGGAGAUUUGUCUCGCAGAAAGUCAAGAAAUGUAGCUAGUUUGUAAAAGGCUUUAAAAUCGUGCUUUUCAAGACGUGUAAUUUUCCGGAUAUUCAUAUAUUCCGCACAUACCUCAAUUUUUUAUUUAAUAGUUAUACUUUUUUAUGAUUAAUCGAAGUAGUUUUAUGAAUCUGGUAAAAAAAGUAGUUUAGAACUAUUGUUAUUUAACUAAAGUAUAUAGGACAACCGGACGUAUGACGCUAUCAAAAGAUUUAAAUAAGUUAAAUUUAUAACACUAAGCUUGUGCUUGGGAAAUAGUACAAACAUAGUGAGACUGUUGUCGAGUAGACACCGGUCUCGCUGUGCUCAUUAUACUCACUAUCAGGCUCGUGACCAAGGAAACAGUCUUUCUUUGAUCUCCAAUAGUUUCUGUAAACGAAACUGCACUUGAAGUGUAGUUUGAGGGUGUAAUCUGAAGACAGGUUUUAUGUUGUGAUGUUUAUGUUAGAAUGUUUGUUGUAUGUACUAUCCACGAAAUUCCCAUCGGGGGUGGUACGUUGCGAUUAGUAAUUGUUACUCAAAUAUGUAGAAAUAAAGCUGUUAGAAACAUAGGUUAAUGAUACAUUGGUUAGUUAUUCUUCGUACUUCGAAAGUCCUAGACGCCACUAAAAUGGGUUGUUUUUUUUUUCCGCAAAUUUUGUGAAAGAUUGGAGAAUAAUGACAGGGGUCUUUUUCUCUAAGUUUCUUGUCUGGAUACCAGUGAAGCAUGAUGAGUUUACUUUGAAGAGGUGAAGAAGUCAGGAGCUUCUUACCUUCUUACCCUUUUUGAAAAGUAACGAGUUUACCUAAAUACGACAUAUCGCUUUCGCUUUUUGUUUCGCAAACACUAUUUAUAGGUAAAAAGAGCGAUUUUGGUAUAGCUAUUGAUAAGAUUUUAGUGAGAGUAAGGGGUUUUUAUCAAGAUCACGAGCUAAAUUUUAGUCGUAGAGUUAAUACGACAUUUUUGUAAUUUAAAUUUAGUAUUAAUAGGUGUACAUGUUGUAAAGUUUACUUUUAUUAAGCUUGAGGAAAAAAAACUAUCGAACCG